GAAACUCGUUCCGCUGCGAGGCGCUGCCGUAGUAUUACCUGCAGGCAACAGGAAAAUCGAAAGUUUUCAAAUGUUGACGAACUAAACUGAAGGGGGUCGCUUUAUCGCUAUAUAAAAAGUUUUUUUUUAAAAUGAGACUUGCAUACGAUCUCCACCUACCACCUGGUGACAUAGAAAAAAAUCUGCCACCUGUUAUUCUUCUCCAUGGCAUGCUGGAUUCACGGAAGACAUGGAAAUUCAUAGCUCCUAAGAUAGCUAAGCAAACUGGUAGAAAAGUAUAUGCCGUGGAUGCUCGAAAUCAUGGUGAAAGUCCUUGGAGUGAUGAAUUUACAUUUGAUAUUUUGGCUGAAGAUUUGGAUUCAUUCUUGACUCAACACAAUAUUCGUAAAGCCACCCUCGUGGGACAUAGCAUGGGAGGUAGAACAUCUUUAACUUUGUCUCUGAAAAAGCCAGAAAGGGUAGAGAAAUUAGUGGUGGAAGACAUGCAUACUAAAAAUUUUCGGCCAACGGAAAAAUCGCCAAUUAUGCAUCUUUUGAGGAUUCUACGGGAAUCUAUUGAAAGCAUACCUUCUGAUAUGGAAGAGGAUGAAGUGAAACAAGCAAUGAUGCAGUUCAUGGAACCAUUACUUGGAAGAAAUAAUAAUUCAAAAUUAGCUAGAGUGAAAAUUGAUAUGAGCAUGUUACCUCUAAAGAAACAUAAUGGCACCUACGCAUGGCAAACCAAUUUGAAUGCUCUAGAAACGUUUUUGACUACGGAAAAAAUACGUCAACAUGUACAAGGUAUUUACCUAGGUGAUGCUUUAUUUAUUUAUGGGACAAAAUCUUUCUUUAAAGUGGACAAAGAUCCACGCAUUUUGGAAUGUUUUCCUCGAUCAAUAAAACUUGGGAUUGAAGGUGGUUCUCAUUUAAUUCAUUUUGAGGACCCAAAAAGAUUUGUAUACGAGGUUACAAAUUUCAUUAAUGGAUACAGUGACGUGAAAUCAAAGUAUUAAAAUGUACACCCUGGAAGAGCUGCUAAUUAAAUACACCAUAUUUUAUUGUAAAAUAGCAUAUUUCUUAAAUUUGUAAUAAAUUAUGUUUAAAAUAUUGUA